AUGAAGCAGAAGAAGACAUCAUUGGAGAAGAAAAAGCUGUCAGAAAAUAACUUUCAGCAAAAAUUAACAAAUCAAUUGGAAAAAAAUAGUUUUCUGAAGACUAAGGGUUCUAAACUCAUUGUAGCAACAAGAGACUCAAAAGCCCCAAACAUCAUUUUACAGCAUCUUAGUGUGGAAAUACAGAGACGCCCUCGACCUCGUGGGCUCCUUCCUGGCCUCUCACGACCUCUAGCAAGUCUGCAACCUCCGAUGCAACAGCAUAUCUGGGGUGAUGCUGAUCUUAUUAGACAACAGCAUAUCUGGGAUGAUGCUGAUCUUAUUAGACAACAGCAUAUCUGGGAUGAUGCUGAUCUUAUUAGACAACAGCAUAUUAGGGAUGAUGCUGAUCUUAUUAGACAACAGCAUAUCUGGGGUGAUGCUGAUCUUAUUAGACAACAGCAUAUUAGGAAUGAUGCUGAUCUUAUUAGACAACAGCAUAUUAGGGAUGAUGCUGAUCUUAUUAGACAACAGCAUAUUAGGGAUGAUGCUGAUCUUAUUAGACAACAGCAUAUCUGGGGUGAUGCUGAUCUUAUUAGACAACAGCAUAUCUGGGGUGAUGCUGAUCUUAUUAGACAACAGCAUAUCUGGGAUGAUGCUGAUCUUCUAAGACAACAGCAUAUCUGGGGUGAUGCUGAUCUUAUUAGACAACAGCAUAUCUGGGGUGAUGCUGAUCUUAUUAGAAAACAGCAUAUCUGGGAUGAUGCUGAUCUUAUUAGACAACAGCAUAUCUGGGGUGAUGCUGAUCUUAUUAGACAACAGCAUAUCUGGGGUGAUGCUGAUCUUAUUAGACAACAGCAUAUCUGGGGUGAUGCUGAUCUUAUUAGACAACAGCAUAUUAGGGAUGAUGCUGAUCUUAUUAGACAACAGCAUAUCUGGGAUGAUGCUGAUCUACUAAACUAA